ACACACCCACAAGUCCUGUAGGCUGUAGUGGCCGGCUGUGCUUUUGACUUUGCGAUCUUCCUUUCUAUCUUUUUUGUUGUAGGCGACAUUUGUGGGAGUAAUUGUCAUUCAGAGAUUUGCAUCAACUUGGGUACAUCCCUAGUUAUCAGUAAUCUUGGUUACCAUGGCAACGGAAGAGGAAAUUGAUGAUUCGCUUUACAGUCGCCAGCGCUAUGUCCUUGGUGAUAGCGCAAUGAAGGCAAUGGCUCACUCCAACGUAUUCAUCAGCGGGCUGGGCGGUCUUGGAGUCGAAAUUGCCAAGAAUGUUGUUUUAGCUGGAGUGAGGUCGUUGAUGGUGCAUGAUACGAAGACAGCAAAUAACAAGGAUUUAGGAACGCAGUUCUUCCUCAGAGAAGAUGAUGUGAAAUCUAAAAGAAACAGGGCUGAAGCGUGUCAGGCACGCCUCGCUGAGCUCAACCCUCAUGUUUCCCUCCGAGCCUCAUCCAAGGAUGUCUUCUCAGAUGCCAAUCUCAGUUUCUUGUCUGAGUAUCAGUGCGUCGUCCUCACGGAGGGAACAAAGAGUCUUCAAAUGAAGGUGGAUGAGUUCUGUCGAGCCCAGACCCCGCCCAUCAAGUUUAUCGCUGGUGAUGUUUUCGGCGUGUACAGCUAUUGCUUCUGUGACUUUGGACCUCAGUUCACCAUCAUGGACCCAACUGGGGAAGAUCCCAAGGAAUCUUUUAUUGCUAGCAUAACAAAGGCCAAUCCGGGAGUGGUUACUUCUUUAGAUAAUCGAAUGCACGGCUUUGAAUCCAGCGACAACAUCACAUUCAAAGAAGUAGAGGGAAUGACGGCCCUCAAUGGAACAACUCAUAAAAUAUCCGUAUUGUCUCCUUAUGCCUACAGUAUAUGUGACACCAGUGGUGAUGAGUACCAGCCGUAUAAGAAUGGAGGUAUUGCAGUACAAGUUAGGACACCGAAAACUGUAACAUUUGAGAGUUUAGAGACACAGACAGCGAAACCUUCCUCCUCGUUUGUCGACUUUUUAAAAGAUCCAAGUUUCUCGCAUUUAGCCAUCCAAUCUAUACAAUCCUUCAGAGAAGAAACUGGUAAACUACCAGCUGUCAGGUCUGUAGCGGACAGUGAUUCAUUGCUAAAAAUAGCAACGAAGCUCAACGAUGCAAUGGGCAGUCCAUGUAACCCACUUGAUGCAAAGUGUUUACGGGCCUUGUCAUUCUCUGCCGAGGGGUGUUUUGCCCCUCUCACUGCUGCAAUGGGAGGGAUCAUUGCUCAGGAAGUCUUGAAAGCUCUGACUGGAAAGUUCACCCCUAUCAAUCAAUGGCUGCAUCUGGAUGCAAGAGAAGUCAUUAGUAACUUAUUGGAGGGUCCGGCUAGUUUAUUCCAACCAAGGAAUGAUCGAUACGAUGCUCUUCGAAUCUGUCUUGGGGAGGACACUUUAACUGCUCUUCAUAGACUGAAUCUCUUUAUGGUUGGAUGUGGUGCUAUAGGAUGUGAAAUGCUUAAGAACUAUGCUCUUAUCGGAAUAGCUGCUGCAGAGACGGGCAAGAUAACAAUCACAGACAAUGAUAUUAUAGAGAAAUCCAAUUUGAAUCGUCAGUUCCUCUUCAGACCACAUCAUAUACAGAAACCAAAGUCUACUACAGCUGCACAAUCAACCUCGGAAAUCAACCCAUCCCUUCACAUAGAUGCUCAUCAACACAAAGUUUGUCCAGACACAGAGAUGACCAUUUUUCAUGAUGAUUUCUUCAAGGGGAUGGACGUGGUUGUCAAUGCAUUGGACAAUGUAGCUGCCAGGCAGUAUAUGGACAGCCGUUGUGUCACCAACGAGCGACCUCUGAUUGAGUCAGGUACCAUGGGGGCUAAAGGUCAUGUUCAGGUCAUCAUACCUCACAUGACGGAGACGUACGGCAGUCAACGAGACCCACCUGAUGAGUCUGUUCCAUACUGCACCCUCAAGUCCUUCCCUGCAACGGUCGAACACACUAUACAAUGGGCAAGGGAUAAGUUUGAGAGUUCCUUCACUCAGAAGCCAACGACGUUCAACAAGUACUGGGCUACAAACGGGACACCCAAUGACGUCAUCAAGAAGCUGUCCGAGUCGCAACAGCCGGAGAAUUCUUUAGCUGUAGUCAAGAUUCUGAGGAAUAGACCCACAAACUGGGCGGACUGUAUCACUUCGGCUAGGAUCAAGUUUGAGAAGUACUUCAACCACAGGGCGAAGCAGUUAUUGUCCAUAUUCCCACUUGAUCACAUGAUGAACGAUGGAACUCCGUUUUGGCAAUCUCCGAAACGACCACCAGCCCCAGUAGAGUUUAACUCUGCCAGCGAAUUACACAUGCUGUUCGUAGUGAGUACUGCAAGGCUGAUUGCAGCCUGCAGUAAUAUCUCAGUAUCGGAACAUGAUCUCAGCACAGACACUUUACUGCAGAUUCUAGCCAAAGUCAAAGUUCCGCAGUUCAAACGCUCAAGCAAGGUUAUUGAGGUAGACGCAACAGCAUCUUCUGAGAAACCUGAAUCGUCGGAACAAUCCUUCUCAUCUGAUGAUAUCGAACAAUGCAGACAAGAAUUAUCUCAUCUUGUUAUGGAACGGAAAGCAAUUCCAGCUCGAUGUCACAUGACUCCUGCAGAGUUCGAGAAGGAUGACGAUACAAACGGACAUAUUGAUUAUAUUACGUCUGCGUCGAACCUCCGUGCCGCGAUGUAUCAUAUUGAGCCAGCAGACCGCUUCAAGACGAAACGUAUCGCUGGAAAAAUAGUUCCGGCUAUAGCUACAACGACUGCUGCAGUGGCUGGACUGGCAACGUUAGAGUUAAUCAAAUACGUCCUCCAUUCUACGUUAGAGGACUUCCGCAAUUGCUUCCUUAAUCUGGGCUUGUCCUUGAUCAUGUUCUCGGAGCCUGGGCCGGCUGCCGUCACAACGAUUAGACCUGGUUUGGCGUUCACACAGUGGGACAUGUGGCAUGUACACGGCACAGAGAAAUAUACACUGACGGAUUUCGUCAAACAUCUAAAGGAUACCUAUAGCAUCAACGUUUCCCUAGUAGUACAGGGAGUCAGAAUGAUCUUUGUACCAUUGAUGCCUGGACAUACGAAAAGACUCCCCAAGAGAAUGAAGGAGCUUCUGAAGCCAGCUGAUGGCGUGGAAUACAUGGAUCUAACGAUAGGGAUUGAACCACCUGGUGAGGAUGAUGAGGAUCUACCAGCACCUCCCGUCAGGUACUACUUUGGUCUGAAGUAAAACCCUCUCAAUAAAACACCAAGAUGGCACCCAGCCCUCACUCUUCCUUUAGCCCCUAAACCUCUUAGAUGCAUCAAGCCCCUUAAAGAUGAUAAAGAUCUACCAGCACCUCCUGUCAGGUACUUCUUUGGUCUCAAGUAAAAUCUUCUCAUGAAACAAAAUGACCCCCAGGCUUCCCUCUUCCUUCAACCCCUGAACCUUUUGAUGAUGAACGUCUUGGAACCUGAGCUCAAUUUUAUAGAGCUGCUAAAGUAUUGCUUAACAGUUUUCUGCUAAGCAGAAAUUAUCAGGAUACCAGUCACACAUGGUGCAUGUGACAUUGUAUUUUGGCUGGUUACUUUAUUCUGGUAAGCAUAAUAUUUGUAUGCUUAUAGCUCCUUUCUGUGCUAAAGUAGCUCUGUGAAAUUGGGCCCAUUUUGUAAGAUCCCCACCGAAACAUUUUAACUUCUGUCUUGACGUUAGAUACAAGUCUUCCCUCCAAAUUUGCUCUGAUGUAUUCCUGAUGUAUCCAUAAUUACAUUAAUGUGCAUAUUGAUGUUGAAUUAGCUGCAAUUAAAGUAAUAAACAGACAACAAUUCUAAAUCACGUUAAAAAUACAACUAUUGUAAAAAUUGUGUACAAAAUAGAAACUGUAGAUCAAAUGAAAAUGAUGAUUUGCUCUAAUAGGAAUGGUAAAGUAUCAUUAUAAAGAAAGUUCAACUUUGUCCAAUUAUAUUGGAGUAUCCUGCUUGGGUUUGGGCCCAAUUCCAUAGAGCUGCUUCAGCAGCAAAUAUUGCUUAACAUUUUUCUGCUUAGCAGAAAUGAGCAGGA